GGGAAGAACUUGGCUUAGCAGUAAAAAAAAAAAAAAGUAAGGUUACAAAGGAUAUUACAUAACAGAAACUAUUUUCCUGCUUUUUUAAUCACAGUCAAGAGCCAGGAGCCCUUUGAAUCACUCCGUGAGUGUAAGCAUUUACUUUUAAAUGCAUAAUCUCUCUAUAAAACAUAAGUGCUUUAAAACUGAAAAGAAAAAGCAAAGGAGAAGACGGAAGACGAAGAGGACAACAACGAAGAAAAAAGCUACUUCCGGAUCACGAAGUUCCUUCUGGUCAUGCAGCUGUUGAUCCGCCAGUUCCGUCCCUCAGACAAGGAUGCAGUGCUCACCCUGUUCAGCGCUGGCACCCUGGAGCACAUACGUCCAUGUUUUCACAAUGCCAUGACCAGCCCUGUCUACCUCACCAUCACCCUGGCUCUGUGUGUUGGUGGCUACCUCCUUGGCUCUGUGUUAGGAGCUGUGGUGUUACCAGGAAUCUGGGUGGGCCUCAUCUACUACUGCUGUCACGAGUUGUAUGCCAGCUACGUCAGGGACAAACUCCAGACAGACAUGCAGGACAUCCCUGGGAGCUAUCUGAGCAGACCGGACAAUUGUUUCUGGGUGGCAGAGGCAGAAGUUGAUGGGAGGGCACAGAUCAUGGGUAUGGUGGCUGUAGCGGGCAAAGAAAGCGGGAAAGAAAGACACGGGGAACUGUUCAGAAUGAUCAUCUCACCAUUGUGCAGACGGAGGGGUCUGGGCGUCAGGAUGGCCCAGACUGUGAUUGACUUCUGUAAGGAAAGAGGCUUCUCCGAGGUUGUGCUGGAGACCAGCUCCACCCAGACUGCUGCUGUGGCCUUGUAUAAGAAACUGGGCUUCAGCCUGGUGGUCUCCCACAGCAAAACACAUGCUCCAUUUUGGACUACAAUGCUAUCCAAGGUCAAGAUUUUAAGAAUGAAAAAGCACCUGAAAUAAUCCUGAGGAGAUCCUCUCAUGUUACUCUUCAUAAGCAAGUUUUUGCUGUGGUUAUACCUGACUAAAACCAUUAUUUGUAAGCAGUGUCUCAUGAACACAUUUUAGAAGAGCCUCUUGGUUGUGCUAUAACACCAACCUAUUUUAGUCUUUUAGACAUGAUACACUGUUGUUUACUGGACCAAAACACACAGACUGUUAAUUGUCAUCCUGUGUAAAGUGAGUGUACUGUUAUACCACAUUUUAUAUAUUAUUAAAAAAAAAACAAACAACAAAAAAA